AUGUUCAAAAAGCCAUUUGCAGUCAAAAAGAACACAAAUCAAAGGAAUUCAGAUUCAAGAAAACUCUUCAAUAGGCUGAAAGAAGAGAUUGAUGCAGAAUCAAAUAUUGACAAGAAAGGCCAGGUAGCACAGGUGAAGCUGACGAACUUUGAUGGAAACCAAAUGAACGUGUACACGAUUGAUAAAGUUCCGCAGUUGUUCGAAUUCAGCGAGAGUGGAAACAUUUAUCCAACUGUCUUUUACAUGUGGAACAAUCCAAAAGCUUUUCCAGUACUUGUUUGUCAUUAUCCUGUUUUGUCGUAUCUUGAAAAUGGAGCCGACCUCAUGCUUCCUGGUGUCAUUCGCUCUGAAACAUUCCAAUUACCAACAUUCCGCAAAGGAGUUCCGGUAGCGAUCGCUUUCCAUUGUACUGAGACUGGAACUGUGUGUGGCCCAUCAGCUAUUGGAUGUUCUUUGAUGUCUUCAGAUGAAAUGGUCGCCUGUGGGUUCAAAGGAAAGGGAGUUCAAGUUCUUCAUGUAUUUAGAGAUGAACUAUGGAGCUUUGGUCCAAAAGGAUUUCCGCCGAGUUACUCAGUAGCAAGCUGGAAUACGUAUGGAGAAGAAACAGAUGAAAGUGAUGAGGACGAAGAAGAAUUUGAAGAAAAACAAGAUCGAGAAGAAAGUGUAGGUGUACCACCCAAACCAACUGUAAAUGAAAUUGAAGAAGAAAUAAUUCCUGAAGAACCUAUGGAGAAUCUUCUUACACGUUGUUUUCUAGCGGGACUAAAAUAUCGCUUCACCAGGAAUAUGUUGCCGAUGGACGUUGGACAAUUCUAUACGCAAUGCGUGCUAGCGUGCGUUCCAGACGGUCGGAAGUUGGAUAUGAAAAAGACACAUUUCAAAAAAUUCGCCACGUUCCUCGAAGAAAUAAACGAUCUUGGAGAUGAAUGGAUUAUCAAGAUUGUUCCGAGCAAGCAAAAGAAAGGUGCUGAUGUCGUAGGCGAUGUCAACUUCUCAAACAAACUUUUUCGAGAUUUCGAAGUAUCCGAUGAAUGUACCGUAGAUAAGGCGCCAGAAGAUAAAUCAAAAUUCGAAGCACCUGUCAUCUCGGAAUACUUCGCUAUUACUGAGCCUACAUUAAGACUGUUUCCUAAGUUUUCAAAAGGAGAUUUGAUGAGUGCGAAGGAAAUCCGAGAGAUGGUCACAAGCUAUGUCAAUGAAAAUAAACUCGCAGCUGGGAAAUCAGUACGUUUGGAUCCUAUCCUUUGCUCAAUCACUCGAAUCAAAUCUGAUACAGCUCCAUGGGCUGAUUUGAUGAAGGCAAUUCAUGGGAGAAUGACAGCCACCUGGCAUAUUCGAUGGGCUGAUGGAAGAGAACUAGUUCGAAAAAUUUCUCCACCGUUGGUAGAAUUUAAAAUCGAGAAUCGGGCUGGAAACAAGAAAGUAACACUGAUCAAUGGAUUGGCAAUGUUUGGGAUUGACAUUCGAACCAUAUGUCACCAGAUUCAGACAGGCGUUGCUACCAGUGUAACCAGUCAAUGGGAAGUAGCUGGAGUAGAGGGACCUCAAGUGCUGGUGCAAGGAAAUCAGAUUCAUUUUGUGGUUGACCUGCUAAUUAAAUCUUACGGAAUUGACAAGAAGUUCAUGAAAGGAACCGAACUCGCAGUGAAGAAAAAGAAAUAA